CUGUCACUCAUUCUCCGAACAGCGCGUGAACGCAGCUCGGCGGCCGCUGGCAGGAAACAAUUCUGCAAAAAUAAUCAUACUCAGCCUGACAAUUGUCUACCCCUAGGUCUGCUGCUCUGCCGCCGUCCACGCUCGCUACAAGGGGGGGGGAACACAGAAUUCACCGCGGCAAGAACAUCCUUCCCAGCCAGCAGAUUACAAUGCUGCAAACUAAGGAUCUCCUCUGGACUUUGUUUUUCCUGGGAACUGCAGUUUCUCUGCAGGUGGAUAUUGUUCCCAGUCAAGGCGAGAUCAGCGUUGGAGAGUCCAAAUUCUUCCUGUGUCAAGUGGCAGGAGAUGCGAAAGAUAAGGACAUCUCCUGGUUCUCCCCCAAUGGAGAGAAGCUCACCCCGAACCAGCAGCGGAUCUCAGUCGUGUGGAACGACGACUCUUCCUCCACCCUCACCAUCUACAAUGCCAACAUCGACGACGCUGGCAUCUACAAGUGUGUGGUCACAGGCGAGGAUGGCAGUGAGUCCGAGGCCACAGUCAACGUGAAGAUCUUCCAGAAGCUCAUGUUCAAGAAUGCACCUACUCCCCAGGAGUUCCGGGAGGGGGAAGAUGCCGUGAUUGUGUGUGACGUGGUCAGCUCCCUGCCCCCAACCAUCAUAUGGAAACACAAGGGCCGAGAUGUCAUCCUGAAAAAAGAUGUCCGAUUCAUAGUCCUGUCCAACAACUACCUGCAGAUCCGGGGCAUCAAGAAAACUGAUGAGGGCACUUACCGCUGUGAGGGCAGGAUCCUGGCACGGGGGGAGAUCAACUUCAAGGACAUUCAGGUCAUUGUGAACGUGCCGCCCACCGUCCAUGCCAGGCAGAGCAUAGUGAAUGCCACCGCCAACCUGGGUCAGUCUGUCACUCUUGUGUGUGAUGCUGAUGGCUUCCCAGAGCCCACCAUGAGCUGGACAAAGGAUGGGGAACAGAUUGAGAACGAGGAAGAAGAUGAUAAGUACAUCUUCAGCGACGACAGCUCUGAGCUGACCAUCAGGCAGGUGGAUAAGAACGACGAGGCCGAGUAUGUGUGCAUCGCCGAGAACAAGGCCGGGGAGCAGGAUGCGUCCAUCCACCUCAAAGUCUUUGCAAAGCCCAAAAUCACGUUUGUGGAGAACCAGACUGCCAUGGAACUGGAAGAGCAGGUCACUCUUACCUGUGAAGCCUCAGGAGACCCCAUCCCCUCCAUCACCUGGAGAACUUCCACCCGAAACAUCAGCAGCGAAGAAAAGGCUUCGUGGACUCGACCAGAGAAGCAAGAGACCCUGGACGGGCACAUGGUGGUGCGCAGCCACGCCCGAGUGUCCUCCCUGACCCUGAAGAGCAUCCAGUACACAGACGCCGGCGAGUACAUCUGCACUGCCAGCAACACCAUCGGCCAGGACUCCCAGUCCAUGUACCUGGAAGUGCAGUAUGCCCCCAAGCUACAAGGCCCUGUGGCUGUAUACACGUGGGAGGGGAACCAGGUGAACAUCACCUGCGAGGUGUUUGCCUACCCCAGUGCCACUAUCUCCUGGUUCCGAGAUGGCCAGCUGCUGCCAAGCUCCAACUACAGCAACAUCAAGAUCUACAACACCCCAUCUGCAAGCUUCCUGGAGGUGACCCCAGACUCUGAAAAUGACUUUGGAAACUACAACUGUACCGCAGUGAACCGCAUUGGUCAGGAGUCUCUGGAAUUCAUCCUCGUCCAAGCUGACACCCCGUCGUCACCAUCCAUCGACCAAGUGGAACCGUACUCCAGCACGGCACAGGUGCAGUUCGAUGAGCCAGAGGCCACAGGUGGGGUGCCCAUCCUCAGGUACAGGGCCGAGUGGAAAGCCAUGGGCGAGGAGAUGUGGCACUUCAAGUGGUAUGACGCCAAAGAAGCCAGCAUGGAGGGCAUCGUCACCAUCGUGGGCCUGAAGCCAGAGACAACAUAUGCCGUGCGGCUGGCCGCCCAAAACGGCAAGGGUCUAGGCGAGAUCAGCACAGCCUCUGAGUUCAAGACACAGCCAGUCCAUAGCCCUCCUCCACGGGAACCCAGCGCACCCAAACUGGAAGGGCAGAUGGGUGAGGAUGGGAACUCUAUCAAAGUGAAUCUGAUCAAGCAGGACGACGGUGGCUCCCCCAUCAGGCACUACCUGGUCAAGUACCGAGCGAAACUGUCCUCCGAGUGGAAGCCCGAGAUCAGGCUCCCGUCUGGCAGCGACCAUGUCAUGCUCAGAUCCCUGGACUGGAACGCCGAGUACGAGGUCUCCGUGGUGGCAGAGAACCAGCAGGGCAAGUCCAAGGCGGCUCACUUCGUGUUCAGGACCUCGGCCCAGCCCACGGCCAUCCCAGCCAAUGGCAGCCCCACCACAGGCCUGAGCACGGGGGCCAUCGUGGGCAUCCUCAUCGUCAUCUUCGUCCUGCUGCUGGUGGUUGUGGACAUUACCUGCUACUUCCUGAACAAGUGCGGCCUGCUCAUGUGCAUCGCCGUCAACCUCUGUGGGAAAGCCGGGCCCGGGGCCAAGGGCAAGGACAUGGAGGAGGGCAAGGCCGCCUUCUCGAAAGAUGAGUCCAAGGAGCCCAUUGUGGAAGUGAGGACUGAAGAGGAGCGGACCCCAAACCACGAUGGAGGGAAACACACAGAGCCCAACGAGACCACGCCGCUGACUGAGCCCGAGCUGCCUGCCGACACUACAGCCACUGUCGAGGACAUGCUGCCUUCUGUCACCACCGUCACCGCUAACUCUGACACUAUCACCGAAACCUUUGCCACAGCUCAGAACAGCCCCACCAGUGAGACCACCACCCUGACCUCCAGUAUUGCCCCCCCGGCCAAUGCCAUCCCAGACUCAAACUCUGUGCCCGCCACUGGCCAGACCACCCCUUCUAAGGGACAUGGCGUGGCCGCCUCCCCACCACCCCCGGCUUCUGCCCCCAAGGUUGCCCCCCUGGUCGACCUGAGUGACACCCCCACCUCAGCCCCCAGCACCACCAAUUUGUCCUCUAGUGUCCUGGUGAACCAGGGGGCUGUACUCAGCCCCAAUGCCCCUGCCAGUGCAGUGGACGCCCCCAAGGCCCCUCCGGCCAGCAAGCCGGGUGCUACCUCGGCUGGGGCGGCUAGUCCCCUGGCAGCGGCUACCCCUGUCCCUGAUGCCCCCCAGGCCAAGCAGGAGGUUCCCAGCACCAAAGGCCCAGAGCCUGAGUCCACCCAGCCCAGCGCAGUGAAGAGCCCGGCCGAGGCAGCCACGGCCCUCACUAGCCCGAAGAGCGAGGCUGCCUCCGUCAGCGCCACAAACCCUGCCCAGGGCGAGGACUUUAAAAUGGACGAAGGGAACUUCAAGACCCCCGAUAUUGACCUUGCCAAGGAUGUUUUUGCAGCCCUGGGCUCUCCUGCUCCCGCCGCUGGGGCCAGUGGACAAGCCCCUGAGCUUGCUCCUUCCACUGCAGACAUCUCUGUUCCGCCUGCACCAGCCAAGACCGAGAAAGGCUCUGUAGAAGCGAAGUCGGAAUGCCCAGAGACAGAGAUGAAGCCAGCGCCAGCCGAAGUCAAGACGGUCCCCAAUGACACCACACAGACAAAGGAGGGCGAGAGCAAAGCAUGAUGGGUGACGAGGAACCAGCAAAGAUCAAAAUACCAAGUGACACAACAGCUUCACCAGAGCAUUUCCAAACACACACGCACACACACACACACACACACACACACACACACACACACUUACUCACUCUCAUUCCUCUAGUGUCUUUUGCCUUUAAAAAAAAAAAAAGAAAGAAAGAAAGAGAAAGAAAGAAAGAAAGAGACAGAUAAACACAGGAUCCCCUUUUUGUAGGUUUAUAGAAUGGGUUCCUUUGCUGCACACUCACUCGUAAGAAAAUGAGACAAAAAAGGCUAAGCCCACAGCCAAACUAGGACACUCUGUUCCCUGAAACUGGUUAAAAAGUAAACAAAAGGACCCCAAAUUAAGAAUCUAGGAAGCUCAGAGAAAAAAAAAAAUCUAGAUUCAGGAAGGCCUUAGUUGGUGUUUCCCGACUGGCACUGACCCAUUUCAGAUACAAACAAACAAAAACUUCCAGGCACUAAGACUAACCGAAUGAACAACGUCCAUGUUUAUUUUUAUACUUUCAGUCUAUUUUGAACUCUGUAAAACCUCAUAAGUAAGUUAUCAUUUCUGUCCACUUUGUAUUUGUUCAGCAUGCAAAGUAUGUCGCCCUUUCUAGCUGGAAUCGGUUCCCAUGUAGCCGCCUGUGUUGCAGGAGGAAUGCCAGACCGCAAGCAUGAGGCUAGGGAGGUAGAUUUCGAUUUGCAGUAUUCAGAUUUCUGUUUUCCUUCCUUUUCUUUUUUUGUUCCUUCUUUUCUUUUCUUCUUUUUAUUCCUUUCUGCCAACUUUGUUUCCCAGUGUUUACAACUUGACCAAUGUAUAAUUUCAGCUGUGUUUAAAUGUCCAAGUGAAAAAUAGCUGUCUCUUUUUUAAGUUACAAAUACUGCCUUGAGGUGGGUAGGAUCAACACAGGUUUUCUCGAGUGCAGGAAGACUUUACAAAAUUGAUUGUUUACAGUGGCUCUUACCCUCAUCCCUCUUCAGUUUGGAUUUUGUUUUUUUAAAAAAAACAAUUCUUAGGGGGUUAGAUCACUUUCUGAUUAGCCAUUACCUGCCCAUUUCUGUGAAGAAGCUUCUGCUCCCCCAGACACCUUCGUCCUUCCCUUUGAAGGACGCCUUUAGCUUUGUUGAAUGAAGCAGAAAAGAUUGUAUAGUCAGGGCUGGUCUGGGUGAACACACUUUUUUUUUUUUAACCAGAACAUCCCCAACCCCUCCUUUUUUUUUUUUUUUUUCAGAAAUCCAAAUAAAAUCUAUAUAUACCAUUUCCAUUUGAGCCCAGAAUCUAGACUGGAGCAGAACAGCAUGGUCUGCUUCAGGGAAUUAGUGUCUUUUUUUGGAAAUCUGUUGAAGUGAAGUAACAUCGGCCUUCUGUUCACUUAGGCAGCAUUUGUAAAAACAACAGAGAGAAAACAAAAAAAAGAAAGAAAGAAAAAAAAAAACCACCUGCCGUCUGAAGUCAUAACCCAACUUUCCUGGAUUGGAAACCAAGUGGGGGAACAAAAAAAAAAAAAGAAAGAAAGAAAGAGAGAAAAAGAAAGAAAAUACAAAAACUUUAAGGGGGAUGGGAGGGGGGAGAAGGGAAAAGCCAGCCCUUUGUAUAGAGAUUUUUGCUUUUGUUUCUCAUUCUACUUUAGAACUGCAAGCUUGUGCACUGUGGAUGCGUGAAUAUUUUAGUGUGAAACGUGUUCUUGUCAUAGUAUUGAAAUAAAACUUCAACAUAGUUUGGUUGUGGAAGGUAUAGCAGAUAGUUCAGAAAACAAAGUUAUUCAGGAAACAAAAAUCACUCUUCAAAGGAACUGAAGCCUUGACACAAAGAAAAUCCCAUCAGUGAUGCUGCUGCUGAGAAAGCAGGCAUCCUUGCUCUGGAGUUCCUUUCUGAAGGUGCAAAACAGCAAGAGGUUAGAGUGGCAGGCCUGCCCCCUCCACCCCCAGUCCCUUCUGUAACGUUCUGACACUUCUGCAAUCUGAUCAGUGGCGAUAUGCUAGAUUAUCAUUUCAAACUGUGAAAAAUAAUAAUAAUAAUGAUAAUAAUAAU